UACUAUUUGACCUCCGAGAUAGGGACGACCUCUCUACAAGGGACACUUGUUUCAACCCCAUGCUAAUACUUUAGUGUAUUAUUUGACCUCCAGAGAUAAGGACGACCUCCCUACAAGGGACAAAAUCGUCGGCCCCAUAGUGUCCCUUGUCCGAGGUUCCACUGUAUACUGUGUCAGUUGCUGAGUUUUGUUUUGUGCAUGCAGGGAUCACUAUCUGGUGUUUGGUGGGUGGCUAAACUCCUCCGUUGCCAUGGUGACCUGGACGAACCGCUCCAGUGACGCUGCGGUGUACUGUCUAUACUCGGAGUCGUCGUCAUGGCAAUGUACCCCAAUCUACACCCAGACUAGUCCUUUGACCCCUGGCUGGAUAGAACUGGUACAGUCUCCUACUGUACUGGAGGAUGAGGAGGAGAUGGAGCAGGGUCUAUUCUCACUUUUGCCUCAAGGAAAGAGGGAGAUGACAGCUUUCUACACAUCCUGGAAAUCAGCCAAGACAGUGAUUCAGAGGUGUCCUGGAGAACUAGUGGAAACUGGGAGGACACCUCCAUAGUCCGUGCUACUAACCAAGAAAUCCUCUACCUCAGUACAAAGAGAGGUCCCUCUCAGAGACAUCUGUACAGUACACGGAGUGACAGCUGCUUGACCUGUUCACAAGAAGACUGGGAUGUUCCUAAAUCCUCGAAUCCCUCCAUCCCGUCUCGAUGUGACUAUUUCUCAGCCAGUUGUUCGCCGUCCCUGGACUACUGUCUCCUCACAUGCUCAGGACCGGCCAUUCCUUACACUCUCCUAGCCCAAUAUGAUGGAGACACACUCACACCUGUGUCAGUCUUGGAGACGAACUCUGUCCUCCACGAGGCCGUCUCGCAGCUCUCUCUCCCGACAGUGGAGGAGUUCACUGUGCCUGAGUCGGAGACCGAGGGACCCAGUCUCAACGGACAACUGAUGCUGCCUCCUGACUUCCACCAGUCACGGCAGUAUCCAGUCCUGGUCUACGUCUACGGUGGCCCCUAUAGCCAGCAGGUGGCAGAUCGCUCUCUCCUCUCCUCCCUCUCCCUCGUCUACCUGUGCUCCAACCUCAGUCUGAUAGUGGCCAAGGUCGAUGGCAGAGGCACCGGCUUCAGAGGAGACAAUUUCAAGUACGCAGUGUACAAGAACCUCGGCCAUUUCGAGACCAUUGACCAGAUCAGGGCUGGAAGGUAUCUACAGAGCAUGGGGUUUGUUGACGGCUCAAGGCUAGCAAUCUAUGGAUCGUCCUAUGGAGGCUAUAUGGCAGGUAUGGUGGGUAGCAGUGGCAGUGGAGUGUUCUCAACCGCCAUAUCACAGUCUCCUGUUACCACAUGGUACUACUAUGAUUCUGCCUAUACUGAGCGCUAUAUGGAUCUUCCUCAGAACAACAGACAAGCCUAUGAGGAGUCCUCAGUGUUGUAUAGAGCUGGUAAUCUGUCAGACGUGGACUACCUUCUCAUUCAUGGUACUGGAGAUGACAAUGUUCAUUUCCAGAACACGGCGCAGCUAGUACAAGCACUAACAGAAAAGGAAGUACAGUUCAGAGUCCAGUUCUACACGGACAAAGCUCACUCUCUGUCAGGCCAGCCCACCAGAUAUCACCUCUAUGAACUAAUUAGAGACUUUUUAGCUGAAUCUUUUGACCUAAGAACAACAUAGCAACCAAUCACAUCUUCCCACUUUUUGAUGCUCAUUGAAAGAGAUAUAUACCUAUGGCGUCCU